UCUGGUGAGCUGGAUCCAGAGAUUGCCAGGCUGAACUCCCUGGGUUUCAGUGGCUGUCUGUCGGUGGUCCAGUUUAACUCCAUCGCUCCACUGAAAGCAGCGCUACUCUACCCAAACACCAGCCCAGUCAUAGUGACAGGACCCCUAGCUGAGUCCACCUGUGGUUCCUCAUCUCCAGCCAAUCCCUUCCCAGCCAAAACCACACACCCCCUAUCAGGUAAGAGGGGAGGAUUCAAGUUCUCCCUAGCUAUUCUGGUGGGUGGAGUCUUUGGUGAUGGGACUCUCUCUCUUUCUGUUUGAGUGCUUUUUCUUUUGCUUUAACUCCACUUGAGAAUCUACGCUUCUUUUCUGAACUGCUUUUCAAACUUUAUCAAGGGUCCAUUUAAUACGUACACCAUCUUCCUUGUUAAUUAAAUGAGAAUGAAAGUGAUUACACUGUGGCAGAUGAGCUAAUGAAUUUGUAUGAGAGAGAUUUCUCAUUUGCAUAAUCUUUCUUUGGUGGUCAUCCUCAUGCAGUUUAUGACUGAGGGUGCAGUGUUAAAUGAACCCUGCAUGGACUGAUGAUGGAUGUUACUGAUUCUCUUUUGUCUUUCUUAUCCUUUCUUUUCUCCUCUAUCUCUAUUUCUUUUUUCUGCUGUCUCUUGCUCUCUAUUUCUAUGUCUCUCUUUCUGUGUAUCUCUCUCUCUGCUGUAGAUCAUUCAGGUACAGUAGGUACUGGUGAGCCUAUAGUUAAUGCAAUCAAGAGUGACUCUGGAUUGAUUGGAGGUAACAGGAACAUGUUUCUCAUGUCACAAUAAUCCAUAGUUGUAUUUAGUGAAACAACAUCAUGGCAGGUAUUAAAUUAUCCUGGUCAAAAUAGAGAAUGUUGAUGAUACAGGGCUCACUUGGAAAAUACAGUGCCCUCUGUAAUUAUUGGGACAGUGAAGCGUUUUUUCUUUUUUUGACUGUAUACUUCAAAAGUGAAAUAAAACAAUGUCUAUGAGGUUAGUGCAGACUGUCAGCUUUAAUUUUAGGGUAUUUUCAUCCAUAUUUGGUGAACUGUUUAGAGAUUACAUGAUGAGUGACAAAGUUACAGAUGCACAAAUAUCAUACCCCCCCAAAAAAAUGCUACCCUCCCCUGUUAUUGUAAUGGUGCGAGGUUAGCUUGUCUUGGGGGUAUGAUAUUUGUGCAUCUGUAACUUUCUCACUCAUCAUUAUUCACGAUUAAUUCAGGAUUAUCUAUAAUCAUGGUAGCAUCCACAUUAAUGUGGAAGUGUUUAGAAAUAUAUUAUAUUCUUAUUUACAAUAAAAGUGACUCCAUUUCUAUUGGGCACAAAAUAAUAUGAAACACAACCAAAACAAAGACCAAAUGCAUCCAACAAAUGUGUAGUCACAAACUUGAUGUAGUCAUUGGGUGCUAUGAAUAUGGGAACAAAUACUUAACUUUGUACUACUUUAAUACACAUAUAAGUGAAUUUGUCCCAAUACUUUUGCGCCCAUAAAAAUGGGGUCACUAUGUACAAGAAGUGAAGUAAUUUCUAAACGGUUCACCCGAUAUGGAUUAAAGCUGACAGUCUGCACUUUAACCACAUAGUCAUUGUUUGAUUUCAAAUCCAAACUUUUGGAGUAUAGAGCCAAAAUAAGAAAAAAUGCUUCACUGUCCCAAUAAUUACGGAGGGCACUGUAUAUAUUUUUCUCAAUGAGACAACCCUGUGUAAAUACAAUUUUAAUUAAAUCAAUAAAUGAAAUAUUUCAGCAAUUGAUAUGGCAUAUUUGCAGCAUCACAUCACUAAACUUUGAAGCGACUUUAGCCACAGAUUCAAAGUCAAGGUUGAUUAAUUCCCAUCCGUUCAAUUGCUGGAAUGUAGAAAGUAGUUCAAAGUCGUCCUUAUACAGGCUGACUCAGUGCCAAAUGCACAAAGGACACCAAAACUAAUUAAACGUUUAAAUAAAUUAUUUGCUGAUUAAUGAACUUUUUACAGCUAUCUUCAAAUACUUUGUCAUUUUAAAACCACUGUAAUAUACCAUUAAAUUGAGUCCCGCCUUAUUCUGGCUUCCUAAUAAGAUAUAUCCUUUUCUCUUGAUAAUGAAAUAAUGAAAUGCACCAUGCAUAGCAUAGCAGUGUACAAGGACUGUAGCUAAGGUUUAUGAAAUGAAUGCCUGCGACAUUUGCGAGAAUUGAACUGGAUUUCUUUGUGCUGUGCCUUGCACAGAGAUAAACUACGGCUUUCAGAAGCUUGUCUAAUGCCUUUUAGAGUUUAGAUUAACAACAGAAAUCAGACAGGCUGGGUAAUAGCAAUGAAAUACCCACAGGAGAAGAUGGCAUAUUAUUUCUGUUAAGGCUCCCAUGCCAUAGACAGAUUUCACAGAACUAAACGUGGAGCUGAGAAAGGUGUUAAUGUGGUCUCAGCCACUGUGCCUUCUCUGUCUUUACUUCUGAAACCCAUGCAUAUGACACAGUUACACAAUGUGGAAUUAUCAUAAUUGGUUGCUAGUUAGAAUUCUUCAGUGUUCUCAAAAAAAAACUAUUGUCUUGUCGAAGUGCCUUUUUUCUGUAACAACAUAAGGAAUAGUGAAUGUGAAUUCAUUUUGUUUUGAAAUAAGUGCCCUUUUGUUGUUUCUUAACUCAAUGUUUUGUACUCCUCGGCAGGUGUGAUUGCCAUGGUGAUAUUUGUGAUUCUGUGUGCGUUGGCAAUAAUGGCAAGGUUCCUGUAUCGACGGAAAGAGAUGUUCCACAGCCAAGAACCCAAAAGCAUCAAACCUGAGGCAGACAGUCCUGAAUACCCUUUCCACAGCGAGCCCACCUCACAGAACGAACUAAGUGAAAACAAAAAGGAGUAUUUCAUA